CAACUCUCUCUCUGAGUAUCUCUCUCUCUCUGAGAAGAUGGAAGUUCUGGGAGCAAUUUUAGGGCAUUUGAGUGAUAUAUUUGUUAAGGCACCUUUAUUAUCAUCAACAAUAUUCACAAUAUUAGGAGUGUUGGGAGGUUUUUUAUGGUAUUUUUACGAACCAUAUUGGAGUGUAAGAAAAAUUCCAGGGCCUCCAACGAUGCCUUUAGUUGGACACAUUCCUUUGAUGGCUAAACAUGGCCCUGAUGUCUUCUCUGUUCUUGCCAACCGCUAUGGUCCUAUUUUCAGGUUUCAUAUGGGCAGACAGCCUCUAGUAAUAGUGGCAUCUGCAGAGCUUUGCAGGGAAGUUGGUAUAACCAAAUUCAAAAGUUUCUCCCAUAGAAGCAUUCCCUCUCCUUUAGCUGCAUCACCUGUUCAUCUCAAAGGCUUAUUCAUGACUAGGGAACCAAGAUGGUCGAUGAUGCGAAACACAGUGCUAUCAUUCUUCCAGCCAUCGCGGCUUGCUGCAAUGAUCCCCACAAUGCAGGAUACCAUCCAAACAGCCACUCAAAAUCUCGACUCCAAAUCAUUCACAUUUUCCGAUUUAACCCUCAACAUCACCACCGAUGUAAUCGGAAAAACCUCAUUCGGAAUGGAUUUCGGCCUCUCCAAACCAAAAUCAACUGAAAGAAACAACAACAACAACAACAACGAGGCAGAAGAAUUCAUCAAGGAACACAUCUACGCCACAACGCAGCUGAAGAUGGACCUAACCGGCUCCGUCUCCAACAUACUCGGCCUCCUCCUCCCCUUCCUCCAAAACCCAUGCCGCGAGAUUCUCAAGAGAAUCCCGGGCACCAUGGACUGGAAGCUGGAGCGGACAAACCAGAGCAUCACCACUCGGCUGGACCACAUCGUCGACAAGUAUAAAAAAGAGAAAAACCGAGGCGCCAGAGACAUCAUCUCGCUCUUGCUCAACGCGGCCGAGUCAGAGAAGGCCGUGAGGAAUGUGCUCACGCCCGACUAUAUUACCGCCCUCACGUACGAGCAGUUGCUGGCUGGCUCCACAACUACCUCGUUUACCAUCUCUGCGGUGGUUCACCUUGUUGCAGCCCAUCCACACGUUGAGAAGAAGCUGGUUGAUGAAAUAGAUGCAUUCGGCCCUCGUGAUCGCCUUCCUAAUGCCGAUCAUCUGCAAAAUCAAUUCCCAUUUCUUGACCAGGUGAUUAAGGAAGCUAUGAGAAUGUACUUCGUCUCUCCUUUAGUUGCAAGAGAAGCACUUGAAGAUGUUAGAGUUGGAGGCUAUCAUAUUCCAAAGGGUACAUGGGUGUGGAUGGGGACCGGAGUUGUGGCUAAAGAUCCGAUAAACUUUCCAGAUCCGGACGAGUUUAGACCGGAAAGGUUUGAUCCAGAGGGGGAAGAGGAGAAGAAAAGGCAUCCUUACUCGUUGGUUCCGUUCGGAAUAGGGCCUCGAGCGUGCAUAGGCAAGAAAUUUGCGUUGCAAGAAAUCAAACUCGCCCUUAUUCAUCUUUAUAGACAUUACGUAUUCCGUCAUUCCCCACAGAUGGAGAGUCCCUUGGAAUUUCAGUUUGGGAUAGUCCUCAACUUCAAAAAUGGUGUCAAGGUUUUAGCCACCAAACGCACUUGAAACUUCGAAUAAUUCAUGUAUAUGGCAGAGUGUACUGUUUUGAAUCAUCAUCAGAUAUUCAGCAUUACUUCCAAACAAGCCUUUUCAUAUUAUUAAAGUCCAUGCAUAUAAUAUUUUACUAUUUCAUAUA